AUGGGUACGUCAUCGAUGGUGGGACACUACGUUUGUCACAUUCUCAAAGAUGGACAGUGGAUCAUUUACAACGACAAUAAAGUUGCUCUCUCGGAAUGUCCUCCGAAAGAACUCGGAUACCUGUAUUUGUACGAACAAAUCAAAUCAUCACCGCAAUAA